AUGUCCAAAUUAGAGACAAGAGAUAAGAGACAAGAGCCCCCUGUGGGAAAUCAUGAGGACUAUUACUGGGGGAACAGCACCUCGGUGUCGGAGUUCAUCCUGCUGGGGUUCUCCAGCCAGCCCAAGACGCAGCUGCUGCUGUUCGUGUUCUUCCUAACUAUCUACCUGGCGACCCUCUUUGGGAACAGCCUCCUCAUUGCCCUUGUCAAGACUGACUCCCGUCUCCACACACCCACGUACUUCUUUCUGGCCAACCUCUCCUUCCUAGAUAUCAGCUACACCACCACCACCGUUCCCCAGAUGCUGGUCCACCUCCUCUCCACAAAGAAAAGCAUUUUCUAUGCUGCCUGUGUUGCGCAGAUGUUCAUCUUCCUCUCUCUGGCAAUAAUUGAGUGUAUACUCUAUGCUGCAAUGGCCUAUGACCGGUACGUGGCCAUAUGCCACCCUUUGCGCUAUACCAUCAUCAGGAACAGGUCAGUCUGCGUCAAGAUGGCCAUCAGCUUCUGGGUAUCUGGCUUUCUUCUUUCCAUAAUGAAUACAGGCUUCACCAUGAGGUUCCCCUACUGCUUAAAUGAAAUCAAUCACUUCUUUUGUGAGGUGCCAGCCAUCUUGAAGCUGGCCUGUGCAGACACACGCCUCACUGAGCAGGUGACCCUUUUGAUGGCAGUUAUACUACUCGUGACCCCACUGUCUUUGAUCCUAAUCUCCUAUGUAUUCAUCCUGGAAGCCAUCCUGAGGAUCAGCUCAGCUGAGGGGAGGUUCAAAGCCUUCUCCACCUGCACCUCACACAUCACUGUUGUGACUCUCUUCUACGGUGCUGCCAUGUUCAUGUACAUGCGCCCAGCCUCCAGCUACUCACCCGAGCGGGACAAAAUGUUUUCCCUCUUGUAUAAUGUUGUGUCUGCCCUCCUGAAUCCUCUUAUCUACAGCCUGAGGAACAAGGAGGGCAAAGGAGCCGUACUCAAAAUGAUGGGCAAGACGGACCACUGAGUUACGGUGGAGGAGGAAUGGUCCUGUGGCUCCCGGCUCCUCGGUUCUGGAUCCUGGUCUGGGAGGGGAGUGGGGUUUAGUGA